AGUCACUUCUUCUGAUAUUUCCUGAAAUAUAACUUUCUCCUCUCUUUAUCCCCCCAGCUCGAUCAACUUGCUGCCUCACUUCUUUAGUUUCUACCCAAAUAACCUUAUCUGAUCAGUCUUCUACUACACCUCACUUAUAGUGAGCUCUUACUUAAGCUCCUUUCUUGAUUCUAAGUGGGAUUUCAGAGAGUACAGCCAGAUCUGGCCAGACAGGGGAGAGGAUAGUGUCUGGGGCUUGAACGCUCGCUCUUCGCGGCGUCAUGGCGCCUGUCUUUCACGACAGUGCUCUCGCCUUGACCAGCGCUGAGGAUGAGAGAUCCCAUUUACUCCGUCUGCCUUCUGAGACGCUGCAGAAUAUAUUUCAGCGCGUCGAACCGAGAGAUUUGGUCAGUCUCUCACAGGUCUGUCGGUCGUUCCACGAGUUAGCCGCUGCCGAGCUGUAUCGCAGUAUCGAACAUGUCUUCGCGGAGGAUGACACCAGAGCUGGCCAGCUCUCAGUUGACCGUCUGGCUGCCAUCCUGGAGACCCUGAUCACCAGUGAUUAUAACUAUGGAAGGUUCAUCAAGAAGAUCUGCAUGGAGACUGCCACCGGAGUGGUCAGCAAUGAUAGAAGCCAUCGUAGCCUCAGACAUGAAGCAAGCUACACGUCAGCAAAGCUUCUGAGCAGUCUCCUGCUGGCUGCGUUGAACAGAGUGGAUUCUCUGGAGACUUUUAGAUGGAAUGUUCACCUGGAUAUCAACAAGUCUGUGUUUGCCGCUCUCAGCAAAAUUCCCACUCUCCAAAAUGUGCAUCUCCGUCUACCCACCGAGCCCCUCUCGACACUAUCUGCAUUUAGUGCUUCUCUGGCGAUGGCUCCUCACCCACACAUUCCUCUAUCAUCGUCGACUCAGAAUAACCAUCCCGCUCACCAUCACCACCACCACCACCAUCAUCAUCACCAGCAUCAGAAUCAGCAUCAGCAUAUGAUUGCUCCGAAUCUCAAUUACACCUCUUCUUCAUCUAUGCAUCCGUAUUUCUUUCCAAUGUCAAAAAUGGAAGCCAAGGGUUUGAAAAAGGUUGCGUCAUUGGUUCCAAACAGUCUUCAGGCCAGCGCCCUCACACAGUUGACAGGGCUUAAAUCGUUGGCCAUACUGGACAUACACAGCCUGGAUUCUCUCGCGGAUAUUGCUCGAUGCAUCUCGCUAUCUUUUUCAUCGCUGAAGUCUUUGAAGCUCUCCUUUUCUGAUCCCCUUGCUCUGAAAGCGCGCAGAAGACCAACGCCCAUUUCAUCGGCCUCUGGCUCGGCCUCUGAAACCGACGACUUUGGCCUCAAUGGCGAUAUAAUGCCGCCUGCGCCGCCUGUAGCUUUCAUGAACCCGCCUGCCCCGUUCAAUCAGAACAAUAACACCCCCAACGCAAAUGACGCUCAAGUCAUCAAAGAGCGUGCCACUCAGGAUAAAGCUUUGGCUCAGUUGCUAGGCCUGGAGAAAUCAAUGCCUCAAGGGCACGUGGAACGCCUGUUCGAAGAAGCUCUUGCCUCGGCUGACAAGGAAGCUCACGAGAUUGCCGUUCAGUCCGACCAGCACGAUGAAGACCGAGCCUUUGUGAAAAAGCUUCGUCAAAUCGCCCAGGAUCUUCCUCCGCUUCUAUCCUCUGGUGGAAGCUCAACUAAAAGCAAAAAGGCCUUGGAACAGAUAGAAAAGGCAGCUGCAAAGUAUCUCAAAUAUUCGCCUGAUGAUAAGUCUCUCGUGGAGAAAACUGCUUCCUCUUUCACAAACGUGAAUAUUGACGUCGCGAAUCUCAGCCAAACUGUGGCCACUGCUUCUGCCGAUUCCAAAACAUCUGGCAAAGCGGAUGACGCUGAUGGAAUUGACCUCGAACACCCAGAUGAGGACGGGGAUCCUGGUGAUGAUCAAAUCUUCGUGGAGAACGACACCCAUGCUGCCGUCGGUGCAGGAAACGGCAUGACCAGAACUCUGCAUCUCAGCGAGCACAAGUCCAAUGGAGAGUCGGUACAAAUGGACGAGGCGAAGAUUGACAAAGGCAAAGGGGUUGUCCGAGAGGCUUCCGAAACAUUUGCAACCAAGGGAAUCGGUGCGAAUUGCAACGCAAAGGCCGAAACUGCAGAGAUUGAAGAGUACAUGCGGAAGACACGCGGUAUCUCUUUGGACUCCCUUUCUAUCCAUCUUAUCCCAGUGAGAGGGUCAAUUCUUUGCCGUACUGUUGAUAUCUAUGCGCUCAAGCAUCUGUCUCUGCUCAACGUUGGCACACAGCGCUCUUUAUGGACCAUGUUACUGAAAUUGCACCAAUCUUCGCCCCUUCAAUUGACGUCUAUCCAUACAGAUAACGUCUCGCCUGCCUUUCUCUCACUUGUUGAGAGUCUGCACAAAGUCACCGAACUCUUCAUGUUUGAACCUAGUAGUCGGGCCAAAGUGGGAUCCCUCGCUGCAAAAAUUGGUGGUGCGGAAUGACGAAGAUGCUAGCUGGGUCUUUGACUUGGAAUCCGUCAUGCUCAUCACAGUUCGUAAGUCCCAACUGGUUGAGCUCGCAAUCGGGCUGGAUUCUCCGCAUCUUCAUGUUUUAUUGCAGAGAAUCUCCCGACUGCGAUCCCUGAAUGCGUUGCAAAUCUUCUAUUACCAUCCCGAGAACUGCAACACCGUGCUCCGCGAACUGCGCC